AUGCAAAAAAAUUUCCGCGGACGCUGUCCAUACGAGCCAGACUCCAACUUCACCAGUGUAUAUGCAACCAUGCGCAAACCAAUUGAAGUCAGUUUCAUACUUUCUGCAACGAUGUUCGACUUCGGGAUGGCGAAUUCCAUUUUGCUACGGCCGAGGUUGUACGUCAGUGAGCUUGGAAAUUAUUUUCAAGAUGGCGGUAGCCCCAUUCAAGAUGGCGGCAGCCCUUUUCAAGAUGGCGUCGACAAUGGCGGGAAUGAUGAAGCACAGUUCGUUGGAACGUUUGACAUCGGUGACUUCAUCUACGUCUUCUUCAGAGAACUUGCCCACCAGAGUGGUGACAUGGGGAAUGGUGAAAACAGGUUCACCACCUUCGUGAAAGCCCGCCUCAACUGCUCAGUCAUUAAGAACGAAGUGGCGUUUCGAUUCGAUGAAAUUUUGAUGCAGAUUGACGUUCAGAUGUGUUCGAAGCAUUUAAAGUGCGACGCAUGUACCACCGACCCUUACUGUGGCUGGAACCUGAAUGCCGCUCUCUGCAUGCCUUAUAAGGAGGGUCUCCUGCAAUCAAUGGAAGAUGAGAACAGUGAUCUAUGCGUUAAAUCUUGCCAACAGCAAAGUAUGAAAACCCACGAAGCCACAGAAGACUCCAACCUUUAUCUGGAGUGCAAGUCGGCGUGUAACAUGCCCAACAAUGUCAAUAACAAGGUCACGUGGCAGUUUAUUGACAGCCAAUCAGCGCGCUUGAUUCGAAACGAUAACGAGAAUCAGGUCAUAACGCAAGACCACGGUCUACUAUUGGUCGAAGUUAAGCCGCAUCAUAAUGCGGUUCAACCGGGUAACAGGGUCGACCAAUCAAAGGAGAGCAUUUGGAGGCGGGAAUAUCUGGCCUGGUGCAAUGCUUAUCAGAGAUAUAAACACUGUCGAAAAGAGAACUGCAUACCUAGAAAAAUAACUGAUCAAUGCACACACCUCGAUGCUACCUGGAUUAAUGAUGACGAUGGAGGCGGUGGUGAUGUUGAUACUCUUAUGGACACACCUUGA